AUGAAUUUGAAAGCAGAAUCGAUCCUCGACUUCCGCGAGUACGACUCGGACAACGAGCCCUGCAUUGAGUACCAAGUCAAGUGGAAGGGAUACUCUUCGAAGCACAACUCGUGGGAGCCCAGAGAUGAUCUCUGCAAGGAAAGAAGACACAGGAAGAUGGUUCACAUCUACAAUGUAGAGUUUGAAAACAAAUGUGUCUACAAGAUCAAAAAGUACAGAGCCAGGGGCUUCGAGGGACUUCCAAAAAUUAAAGAAUACGAAAAAAAGAUCAAACGACGGAACUACGUCCUGAACGGCCGACACUUCAAGAAGAUGAAUGCCUACUCGAAGCACCAAGAAGAAGAAGAAGAAGAGGACGACGACGACGAGCCAAAGGAAGAAAUUGAAUAUAAGAAAUAUUUGGAAGAGCAAAAGCGCGAGCAAGAAAGAUUAAGGAUCAAAGAAAAGCAGGAAAAAGAAAGAAAGAAGCGCGAAAGAGAACGACAAGCUGUCCCCGCGGCUUUCCUGGAUGCUGCAGCGCCGGAUGUGAAGAAAGUAAAGCUGGACCCGCGCAAGAAUGGAGAAUUGAAGGACUACGAGCGACUUGUGAUGGAACGCGACGAUUCUCGCUUUCUCGAGAUUCCAAACGUUCUUCACGAGUUUUGA